AAACGCUUGGUUCGAAAUCUUUCCGCAGCACCAACCAGGUGUGAAACAGUCGACCACAAUCAUCACUGUGUGAGCUAAAGAAUCAAUUAACUAUAACUAAAACGUGGCGCUACUAGUGAUGAACCGAUAUCAAACAACGUGAGAAAUAAAUUGAAGAAAAAAACUAUUUCAACAUGAAACAACUACUGUUCAAUACCUGUGCUUUUCUGCUGUUUGUUCCAUUUUCUCCUAUCAUUCUGUUGUUUUUCGUAACACUUCUCAUCUACCGUACUAUCGUGACAAAUGCAAUCAAACUUUUCCAUGGAUCGCAUUUUUGCGGAUUUCUCGAAGGACUGGAUGCAAUAUGGAACGUGGAAAAGGGCAGUUCUCGAUCGAUGAUCAAUUUGAUGUUUUUCAUCGAAGCUCCGGUCGGAGAUGAACACGAAAAAGUUCCCGCCAAAUUUCUUCACAGUGUUAGACAAACGGUAACGGAAAAACUGAUGGGUUCCAGUCGGCCCUAUCCUCGACUCUUCUGGACUCGCCGACAAACGCUGGGCUAUUGCUACUGGACCAAUAGCUCCAGGCUCACUAUUGAGGAUUAUGUGCGUUUUAUGAAUCCCAUCGGCGUGGACCGGGACGUGAAAUUUAUUCGAGAAGAAAAAUUGCGAGUGGCUGUGGCUGCGAUGAGUAAUCAGCAUUUGCCGGAUGGUCACGCUGCUUGCUGGGAACUGUUGAUCGGAACGGAACCUGUCGAGGGAACAUCGCACAGUUCCGUGAAAUAUCCUGUUUUGCUCCGUUUACAUCACACGGCCGGCGAUGGAAUGACAAUUGUCAGACUUAUUCUGGAUACCAUUACCGGGGAUCAUAAAGCACUGGCUGCUCGUAUAUCAGCAGAUAUCCCAAAGAAACAAACCAUGCAACGAAGCUUAAGUUUCAUCCAGCUGAUUAAAGUCCUGUUUAAUGGACCGGCAUUCUUACUUCGAAUGAUGUUUCAAAAGACGGAGAAAAACUGCUUAAGCGGGGGGAAAAUUACCGAACAUAAGGUUGUUAGCUGGUGUCAUGAGGCUGAUCCUUCCAGUGAACAGAAAUCGAUAAUACAAAUCGUGAAAAACACGAAGCAGCUUAUUCCAGGUUCUAGAUUCUCGGAUAUAUUCCUGUUGGCGCUUGCAAACAGUUUGUUUAAGUACUUCGAAGCCAAAGGAGAGCCUUACCAAGACGGUGUGGUGUCCGUGAUUGUACCAGGACGAUCGGGGAGUGAAGCAAAAUCACUAAAAAUCAAAAAUCGAUUCACAACACGUCGUCAAAUGCUACGAAUCAACCAAGGAAUUCAACUAGACGAUCCAGAUAGGCUUUCCAAGUUACGCCAACAGCUAUCGAUCUUAGCUCGAGGAUCAGCGUCAACGCGAUCGGCAUCUUCCCAAGCAAUAAUAUCAAUCUUCAUUUCAUUCCUGUCAAACUUAUUACCGAUUGCACUAUUGAGGCUAUUGGUAACAAGUUUCCGGGCCAAUGUCGUUUUUUCGAUUUUACCCGAAAUCGGGAAGGUAAGCUUCCAAGAACACCAGAUGGCCGGUCCGACAUUGUUCUUACCAAACACAGGAAACAUUUCGGUGUGUCUCGCAGCAGUCACAUUCGGUAACAAAGUGCACCUGGGAAUACUAGCUGAUCAAUCAGUCAUUCCAACUGCCGACGAAGCACAUUCCAUUUUGAAGGAGAUUAUUAGCGAAAUAGAACGAAUGGGAGUGGUAUUGGAAAAUUCUCCGAAGGAAACCACAGUGAAGUUUGAGUUUGAGUAAUUUUAACUAUUCAUAAGUUCAUAGCAAAAAAUAUGUAAAUUAGUAUUUAUGAGUAAAAAGGAGAUUUCUUUCAAUUUACGUACCCAUGUUUCAGUCCGU